GAAGAAUCUGGGAGAUGCUCUGGGCUCGUAGCGAGUCUCUGCGUGGGGCUGCAAAGUGCGGGCCUCCGCAGAGGCGUCUGUACAAUGGGCCGACUUUGUCUCGGCGUCGCCGCGCGGACUUAGUCCGAGUGAAGGGGCCGCCUCCAGUUAACGCUCAGCGCGGGACGGGCUCGGCGCCAGGGCCGGGGCCGGGGAGGAACUCCGCCCGCAGGUGCCGGGAGAGCCGGUCGGGGCCCGGGACGCCGACCCACCCACAGCGGGCGCCGCAACCUCCGUCGGCCCUCGGCCCCGCGGGUGUGCUUGGCCCGUGAGGGAGCCGCCCCUGCUGCCCCAGCCUCCAGGGCGAGGCUGCUGAGAGGCGAGCUUCGCGCUGCUCACCCUUCUCGAUCCCAAGACCAGAGGAAACGGUGUCUGCCGUACCCGGCUGGCGGGCCGCCGUCUCUUUUGGCUCCUCGGAGGCGCCGUAGAAGGAGUCCGGUGCGUCCUUAGCAACCGUUAGCGCGGGCUUCUCCACCCCGGCUCGUUGAGUCCUGCCCACAGGCGCCAGUGGUUGGCCUAUGGGGCCUGUCAAUUGGCGUGAGUUGCUCCGCGAUUGGCCGGCGGGGCUGGAGGCGAAGAUCGGCUUCCUCGCGGCUGGGUGAAGCAACCGGCCGGCUGACUCGUCCCCAGUCCAUCCUCCACCAUGGCCCUGUCCUGCUCUGCUUUCUGUCCCUGUAAAUCAAUUGACAACUCUCCCACGGCCUACCGUCUCCCGAUGGACGACAAAGGCUCGCCGGCCUUUGAAGGGGACCGGAGCUGCUUGUGCCGGGGCCUGUCCUCGGCCCGCAGACACCUCAACAGAAGGAAUGGGCUUUCGAAACUCUGCCAGAGCAAGAUGACGCUGUCUGAAGACAGAUGGAGCUCCUACUGCCUGUCGUCAUUGGCUGCCCAAAAUAUUUGCACAGGCACACUGCACUGUCUGGCUGCGGCCGAGCAGGUGGACCUGGCCACGUCCCUGGGCAGCACGUCCUGCUGCUCCCUGCUGCGUGGCCUGUCCUCGGGCUGCAACACGCCCCUGCUGCCCGCCCCCACAGGCAACCCGAACAAGGCUAUCUUCACUGUGGACGCCAAGACCUCAGAGAUCCUGGUCGCCAACGACAAUGCAUGCCAGCUCCUGGGGUAUAGCAGCCGCGACCUGAUCGGCCAGAAGCUCACGCGGUUCUUCCUGAAGCCAGACUCCGACGUGGUAGAAGCCCUGAGCGAGGAGCACGUGGAGGCCGAUGGCCGUGCCGCCGUGGUGUUCGGCACGGUGGUGGAUGUCCUGAGCCGCAGUGGGGACAAGACCCCAGUGUCUGUGUGGAUGAAGGGCGUGAAGCAGGAGCACGGCCGGUGCUGCGUGGUUGUGCUGGAGCCCGUGGACAGGGUCUCGGCCUGGGUGGCCUUCCAGAGCGAUGGAGCCAUAACGUCGUGUGACAGUCUCUUUGCUCACCUGCACGGCUACACAUCUGGGGAGGAGGUGGUUGGGCAGCGUAUCACAGACCUGAUCCCUUCCGUGCAGCUCCCUCCACCUGGCGAGCACCUUCCACAGAAUCUCAAGAUUCAGAGGUCUGUCGGAAGAGCCAAGGACGGUACCACCUUCCCGCUGAGCUUGAAGCUGAAAUGUGCACCCCGCAGUGAGGAUGUGGAAGGCGGCCAGGUGGCCCCCGCGCAGGGCUAUGCGGCAUCCGUCUGGGCGUUCUCCACCAUCAGCGGUCUCAUCACCCUCCUGCCAGACGGGACCAUCUAUGGCAUCAACCACAGCUUUGCUCUGAUGCUGUUCGGUUAUGGGAAGUCUCAGCUUCUGGGCAAGCACAUCACCUUCCUGAUCCCUGGUUUCUACCGCUACAUGGACGUUGCGUAUGACAGCUCCAGCCCCGUUCCACCGCGAGGCCUGGUCAAUUGCCUACACGAGGGCACCCGGACUGGGCCUGGGGAGAUGACAGAGGACCCCAGGCAGAGCUGGAAGCCAGCGGGCGAGGCUGAGGAUCCAGGGGUUAAUGAAGUGCUUGCUGGUGACCACAUACUGCCACAAGAUGCGACUCUAAAGCCAGUGGGAAGCCAAGAAGCCGUCACUCUGUUCCGGGCUCAAGUGGACACCGGAGGCCAUCUCCCUGCUUCUCUUCCGUCUCCACCCACUCUGGAGGUGGACAGUGUCCCAGAAGGAAGCCCGCCAGCCCAGGAACAGUCAUUGUCCGAGGACCCACAAAAUAUCCCAGAAGGAAGCCCAUCAGCCCAUAGCCAGCGGCCAUUGUCUGAGAACCAGCAGAAUGUCCCAGAAAAAAGCCUGCCAGCCCAUAGCCAGCGGUCGUUGCCUGAGGACCCGCGGAACGCUAUCUCGGAGAAGGAGGAGCCUACAACAACAGAGAACCUUAGAGAGGACGUUUUGGGAGGAAGCAGGCCCGACUCCGUGGAUAUGGGACCACUUGUUCCCUGUGGAGGCUCUGGAGCUCUGAUCCCAUGUGAUCCCAGGAGCAGGAGUCUGGAAAUGUGUGGCCUGCCCCAGGAAGCACAGCUGGCAUGGACGGGUUUGAGCAGGGUCAGCGUUUCAAACCAUCGGGGUGACUCCAUGGGGCAGCCAGCUGGGGACAGCCUCCCGAUGCUACAGCCUGAGUCUGGGGGUGAGCGGAGUGUGCCCCAGGGGAGCCUAGCCUUGGCCCCCAUCCCCUCUGGGGUGCGACUCUCGUCCAUGCCUACUGUGGGGGAGCUGUGGCUGGGAGCGCAGAAUGACAGGGAGGAGCUGCAGACUUGCUUAAUUAAGGAGCAGCUAUCCAAAUUGAGCUUUGGGGAACCAUUGGGUGUGUCCUACGUCGGGCCGGUCCCAGCUGAGUGCCCCCCGUUCUCCGCCCCUGUGUCGCUGUGUGACCUGGGAGGCAGGCAGCUCUAUAGAGGCCACUCGGGCAGCUCCUCGGCCUGCUACGCCCUCGCCACAGACCUGCCCAGCGUCCUGGACACAGUGCAGACCCGCGAGGCCGGUGGGAAUUCAUUCUCCUGGGACCUCAAGGAACUCUAUUUCAGUGAACGGACAGACCGAACCUCUUCGAAUUGUUCCUGCGCUUCGUCUGAGCUCCCGGGGAUGGCCUCUCCCCCGCUACAGGGCUCCGAUACCGACGUGAGCUCUGUGCACAGGCAGAGGUCAGAGGUUCUGGACGACCGAGAGCUGUUACUGCUGACAGGCGCCUAUUGCAGUCUUGGCGCAGGCUGGCGGUUCCAUGAGAGCUGUCUGGGCCUCGAUGGGACCCAGCUGUCCGACAUCUGUUUGCUGUCCUCGGAACGUGACGGCGUGAGUGGCAGAGAGAGUCCAGGCUGCAUCGUUCCCACGUUGGGAGCUGGCCCUGUUGACACGUGCCCGUUAGAGGAGCCCAGGCACAGCGUCCAGGUCACCUCCACUCCUGUGAGAAAGGAGAGCUCGGUGUUGCCCGGGGCCACCAGCCUGCAGUGCAAGAUCCAGGAGGGCACCUUUGCGGGGAGCUGCUACCACCGGGAUGGCUCGCUGCUGAGUGUGCACUUUGAGGUGAAGCGAGUGGAGCUCCAAGGCCCCGCGCCCCUCUUCUGCUGCUGGCUGGUGAGAGACCUGCACGGCGCCCAAGCCCCAGGCCCACGGACCCGCCUGCUCCUGGCCAGCCGGCCCAGCACCGGCCACUCCGUGUGCGAACUCCCUGGACCUAGCGUGGGGGAAGCACUCAGAAGCCAACCACGGUUUGAGGAGUCCCCCAAAGCUGGGGAGCUGGACGGGCUGGCGGCCUGCGAGGGUGCGUACUCGCACAAGUACCGCACGCUGAGCCUGCUGGGCAGCGGGGCCUUCGGCUUCGUGUGGACCGCGGUGGACAGGGAAGAGAACAAGGAGGUGGUGGUGAAGUUCAUUAGAAAGGACAAGGUUUUGGAGGAUUGUUGGAUCGAGGACCCCACACUUGGAAGAGUCACGUUAGAGAUAGCGAUUCUGUCCAGGGUGGAGCACGCCAACAUCAUCAAGGUCUUGGACGUAUUUGAGAACCAAGGGUUCUUUCAGCUGGUGAUGGAGAAGCAUGGCUCUGGCCUGGACCUCUUCUCAUUCAUCGACUGCCAUCCCAGCUUGGACGAGCCGCUGGCGAGUUACAUCUUCCGACAGCUGGUGUCGGCAGUGGGGUACCUGCGCUCGAAGAGCGUCAUCCAUCGGGACAUCAAGGACGAGAACAUCGUCAUCGCCGAGGACUUCACGAUUAAGCUUAUAGACUUCGGCUCCGCUGCCUACCUGGAAAGGGGCAAACUGUUCUACACGUUCUGUGGAACGAUCGAGUACUGUGCGCCCGAGGUCCUCAUGGGGAAUCCGUACAGGGGGCCGGAGCUGGAGAUGUGGUCGCUGGGAGUGACGCUGUACACACUGGUCUUUGAGGAGAACCCCUUCUGCGAGCUGGAGGAGACCGUGGAGGCUGCAAUGAACCCCCCGUACCUGGUGUCGCAAGAUCUAAUGAGCCUCCUGUCUGGGUUGCUGCAGCCUGUCCCUGAGCAGCGCACCACCUUGGAGAAGCUGGUGACAAACCCCUGGGUGACGCAGCCUGUGAACCUUGCUGACUACACCUGGGAGGAGGUGUAUCAAGUAAAUAAGCCAGACAGCGGAGUUCUGUCCAUUAUGAGUCUGGAGACGGAGAGCAGGACCCCAAGCACAGUGGCCUCGGGCCCCAGGGGAGCCCCCUAACGAUGGUUUCACCCAACCAGGAAAUCACGUUGUUUUCAGGCCCUUCUGUUGAGAGAAAUUAAUUCUCAGGAAUUAGGCCAAGUUCACCUCUGAAAAACACAUGUGUGAGUUUGAUAAAUGCUAGAACAAAAGCCCAGUGAUGUUGUACCAUUUUAGGUUUAUAAAAUAGACUUGGAGUUCAUUUUUUUCAUGACUUUGAAAAAACAUGGUAGUAUUCAAUUGAGUUUUGUACUAUGAGAGGCCAUUUCAUCUGUGAACUUCUGAAAAGCAUCAAUAAAUUUGUAAAUCUCUUUCUACUUCUGUAUAUAUGCACAUUUCUGUUUCCUCUGACUUGGCCUCUGCUCAUCUGAUAGGCGGAAUUUGCAGAACUGGUUAGCCAAAUGACCAGCGUAUUUUAUUCAUUUAUUUCCUUGAACAUUUUCCAAAUUAAACCACUUUGUUA